AUGACUUCCACGUCCAACCAGCAAACACCCGCCAACGCGUCCACUGCCCCGAACGGUUCUUCUCCAUCGUACGCAUCGGCUGCUUCUACUCAAAAGAAGCAAUCGACGCCCAUCGUUGCUGGAGGUUCUUCCACGCCUACCAUUGUUUCCGGUACCUCGCAACAUGCGAAGUCGGGUUCUGCCUCGCAAGUAAACGGUCGUCCCAUCAUGCCCGCAGUUCCUACCGUUGCCCCUGCUGUGGCAGUCGGCACUAACGGAGAUAACCAUGCUCGAAAGCCCUCUGUCACCGUAGGUGGCAACAACAACAACUACUCUGCCAACGGAAACGCCGGUAAGAUCCAAUUCGGCUUCUCGGCCUCGCCUGCUGUUUCGCACAGCACCCCUCAAGGUGGCAGCGCUCCCAUCGCUAUCCCGAACUCCAACAACAACGCUCGGGUGCCUUCUCCGCAGAACUCGCCGUCACCCAUCCCUCAGCCUUCAGCUAGCGGCGGCCGUCCCCCCUCCAGCGCUCAGUCUGGCAAUGUCACAUUCGGCAGCUUUGGAGGCAACGGUGAGACCCACAUGCGCCGUACCUCGGCCGCUUCGCAGAACCCCUCGCACAUCCGCAACGAGUCUUCCCAGUCCAUGGCCAACGAUCCUAGCAACCAGGGCGUUCCUGCUCAGGGUGGACCCCCCGGCCGUGGAGGAUAUCACCCGGCAGGUCGCGGACGCGGUGGCUACAACCCCAACUACAACAGCCACAACCAGAUGGGCUACCCGCCCAACGGAUCUCCGGCCUACCGCCAAAGCCAUCCCGCACAAGGUCGAGGCACCAUGGCACCCGCCUUCCAACCCCGUGGAAACUUCAAUCCUGGAACACCGCCCAUGAACCGCGCCAGUCCGGCUUUGCCUGCUGCCAUGCCCGUCCCUGGGACUGCACCUUACUACUACCAACCGCCCAUGGGCGGACCCAUGCAAAACGUAACGUCUCCCCCCACUCGCAACUUUGAGUAUAAGAACAACAAACCGUACAAGCGGAAAAAUCAACGCAGCCGUGAUGGAGAGAAGUCUUUCAACCCUCGGCACCGCUCUCAGUCAAACGACUAUGCCAGAGAAGGUGGUAAACCGCGACGCUUCAACAACAAGCGCGCAGACAAUCACUUUCUCAAGGACAUGGUGCAGGAUGACGCUCGUUGGCAUGGCCAGUUGCCAGCAGAACGAGGAGAGCGUGUUGAUACUAACCGAAAUUUGAACAUGCCAAUGUGGCACCGCCCUCCCAUGGGCUCUCACUUCCCUCCUAUGAGAUCAACACAUAUGCCAAGUAAUUUUGAUCCCUCGCUAACAGGUCACAACAAACAGCAAGGUUACUACGGACCCCCGGGUACAUUCGAUCCGCGUGCUAUGCCACAACAGUACAUGUACAACAUGCCACAGCCGCACUCUCCGGGCCCGAACUUUCAAACUCCCUACACUGGCCCUCCUCCGGCCUUUGUACCUCAGCCCAUGUCCCGUACUCAAUCGCAGGCCUCGGAGACUCGACCAACUUCUAGCACUGGUCAGACCCCCCAGCCGGUCAACCCUCAACUUAACAAACAGGCUCCACUUGUUGCUGCAUCACCUCAAUUUGUGAAGCCAGUGAGGAAAAGCGGCGCCAUCACCAUUCGCAAUGCCAAUGGUGAGGCUGUAGACUUCAACGCUCUCAAGGCACCAGCUUCUCCGGCACACAGCGCCCAGUCAAAGACACCACCAGUUAUUGCGUCGACCCCCACGCCGCCUCCAAAGUCGACCACACCAAAGGUGAACGCUCCAGCUCACAACCGAACCGACAGUGCCGCCACAAAGACUUCGGCCGAGGUUCAAAACGAGUUCAAGGAGAAGAUUGCUCGACAGAUGGCUGAUGAAAAGGCCAAGCAAGAGGAAGCCAAGGCCGCUGAAACCAAGGCCGCUGAGGAAGCCCGUGCUGCUGAGGAAAAGGCCAAGGAAGAGGAGAAGUUGAAGGAGGAGCAGAAGGCCGCCGAAGAGAAGAAGGCUGCUGAGGAAGCCGCAGCCAAGGCCGAGGCUGAAAAGAAGGCAGCGGAGGCUCCUGCUCCUGCGGCAGAGGACGAGGAAGAUGAAAUUGAGCGAAUGAUUCGCGAAAUGGAAGAGGCUGACGCCAAGCGUGAAGCUGAGCAGGCUGCCAUUACUGAGAAGAAGAAGGCUGCCGAAGACGCACGAAAGAAGGCCGAAGAGGAGGCCAAGAAGCUUGCCGGCACUGAUGAAAAGCUGAAGGAGGCUGAAAGAGAGGCUGAGAGACUCGAAGAGGAGAAGGAACGCAAGCGUCUUGAGAACGAAGGCAAGUCGACUCCGUCCGUCGCUGAUGCCCUGGCUGGCAAGCUGGGCAGCAUGUCUCUCCUCGAUAAGGAGUCCAAGAAGCCCGCAAGCCUCAACGUCGAUGACAAGCCAGUCACGGCCGCCAAGGUCAGCCCAGGCGAGAAGCGUGGUACCAAGCCUGCUCCUCUGAACCUCAACACCAACGUUGGAGUUGAGCCACCCCAACCCUCUGCAGCCCUUCAAUCGCUCAAGACUGCGAAGCGCCUGCAAAGCGUCCAAGCGCUUAUGAACCUCAAAUAUCCCGAGGGCAUCAGCUCUCCCAACCCGGCCUUGAAUACGGCUGUCUCCAAGAAGGGCACCUCAUUCAAGUAUGAUCCGAGCUUCUUGCUCCAAUUCCAGACCGUCUUCACCGAGAAGCCCUCGCUCGAAUUUGGUCAACAGGUUAAGAACCUGAUUGGUGACGGCGAUGGUGGUCGUUCUGCAUCAAGCCGGACGCCCGCAACCGCCCGGGCUGGCUCCAGCCGCGGAGGCAACUUUCCCAUCGGCCAAUUCGGUGUUGGGGCCACCAAGCCGCUUCCUGCUGGCACAACUUCAGAACAACGUUUUGCCAUGGCUCAAGGUCAAAUGCCCCGUCCUGCUAUGGGAUCCAUGAACAGCUUUGGCCGACCUGGUUCGUUCCCUGCUGGCAACAUGAUGUCGCGAACAUCUAGCUCAAACAUGGCUUCUGCUCCGAGAACCAACUCUCGCCGUGGUGCCAGCAAGCGCAACACCUUUGACGCCAAGGCGGAAGAGAAGGCCGCUAAGACCAUGCCCUUGACUGCCGGUAUGAAGAUUGAGGCUAUCAAGACCUCUGAGACGGGCUGGAAGCCUGCCAGUCUCUCACAGAAGAGUGUUGCUCCACCACAGCCUAGUGGUCUCAUGGAUCCGCCCAUGGUCCAGCGCAAGGUUAAGGCUGCGCUCAACAAGAUGACCCCGGAGAACUUUGACAAAAUUGCACAGUCGAUUCUUGACAUUGCUGCCCAGUCCAAGGAGGAGUCGGACGGACGUACUCUGCGCCAAGUCAUUCAGCUCACCUUUGAAAAGGCUACUGACGAGGCUCACUGGGCAUCAAUGUAUGCCAAGUUUGCCAAGCGCAUGCUCGAGACUAUGAGUCCCGAGGUUCGUGAUGAUAACAUCAAGGAUAGGAACGGCAACGUUGUCAGUGGCGGUGCUUUGUUCCGCAAGUACCUGCUCAACCGAUGUCAGGAGGAGUUCGAGCGAGGCUGGAAGACCCAACUACCCGAGCCUGGUGAGGGCGAGUCAAAGGAGGCUGCCAUGAUGUCCGACGAGUACUACGCUGCGGCUGCUGCCAAGCGUCGUGGUCUGGGUCUCGUGCAGUUCAUUGGUGAGCUGUACAAGCUCUCCAUGCUUACAGAGCGUAUUAUGCACGAAUGUGUGCGCAAGCUCGUUGAUUUCCAGGGUACUCCCGACGAGGCCGAGGUCGAAUCUCUAUCCAAGCUGUUGCGCACUAUUGGUGGCAACCUGGACUCCACUGAGAAGGGCAAGAUCAUGAUGGAUGCUUACUUUACAAGAAUCCAGCAGAUGAUUGACAUGCCCGACAUUCCCAGCCGUCUGAAGUUCAUGCUCAUGGAUGUCGUUGACUUGAGGAGAGCCCAGUGGGUCUCCAAGGAGACCAACAAGGGUCCCAAGACUCUGGAAGAGGUUCGUGCCGAGGCCGAGGCCGCAGCUGCUCAGAAGGCGGCUGAGGCGGCCAAGACCAACCAGCGUGGUGGCAGCGGUCGUUUCCCCAUGGGCCGUGGCGAUGCCCGCCAGUACUCUGGUGGCUACCCUCAACAAGCCCCCAACACCGUCGGUAUGGACGAUCUGCGCCGCCUCAAGGGCUCCGUCGGUCGUACCGCGAGCCAGAACAUCUCGCUGGGUCCCACCUCGAUGUUCUCUUCCCGUAGCAACAGUGGUCGUCGCUUGGGCCCUGGUGGUUCCCUAAGCCGUGGCGCCGAAGACUCUGGUGCCUCGUCCCGAACUGGCACACCUCCCACUCAGAGCAGCACCAAUGCAUUCAGUCUUCUGGCCAACAUGGAAGACAACAACCCAGCUUCUCCGCCGUCCACGGCUGCUUCUCCUGCCCUUGCCAAGGUCACACCCGAGGCAGCUGCUGCGGACAAGGAGUAA